AUGGCGCCUCCUGUAGGCACGCCAUUGGCCACGGCCACUACUCCCAGUUCACGGGCUCGGGAUGAUCUCAAUUCGACCUGGACCUACCUUCAGAGCAACCUGGACAAUGUCAUGACCAAGUUGCAAGAGGGCCUCGACAUGAAGACUUACAUGGGCGUCUACACAGCAGUUCACAAUUUUUGCACUUCUCAAAAGGCAACCCCCCAACCGCAGGGCCCGUCGUCGACGCUCAGUCAACAACACCGUGGUGCUCACCUCCUGGGCGAGGAACUCUACACUCUCCUCGGCCAAUACCUAACCGAACACCUUCAGGAAGUCCUCAAGCAUUCAGAGUCCCAUACCGACGAAGCCCUCCUUACGUUUUACAUUCGGGAAUGGAAGAGAUACACAGAUGCGGCCAAAUACAACAACCACCUCUUCCGCUACCUCAAUCGCCACUGGGUGAGGAGAGAGAUCGACGAGGGCAAGAAGAACGUCUACGAUGUCUACACUUUACAUCUGGUCAAGUGGCGGGAUGAUUUCUUCAAGACGGUUGAGUCAAAGGUCAUGCAUGCUGUUUUGCGGCUUGUUGAAAAGCAGCGAAAUGGCGAGACUAUCGAUCAAAUGCAGAUCAAGGCCGUCGUCGACUCUUUCGUUUCGCUUGGGCUGGACGAACUCGACAGCACAAAGUCAACGCUCGAUGUCUACCGUCUCUAUUUCGAACGCCCCUUCAUCACCGCCACCAAGGCCUACUACACAAACGAGUCAAAACGCUUCGUCGCCGAAAACAGUGUGGUGGAGUACAUGAAAAAGGCCGAGGCCAGGCUUGAGGAGGAAAAGGAACGUGUCAACAUGUACUUGCACCCUGACAUCAUGAAGAAGCUGAUGGAGACCUGCAAUGAGGCUCUCAUCAGUGCACACUCGGUACUCCUGAGAGACGAGUUCCAGAGCCUCCUCGACAACGAACGCACCGAAGACCUUGCCCGGAUGUACAAGCUUCUGUCACGAAUAAAGGAUGGACUUGACCCUCUUCGCAACCGCUUCGAGAAUCACGUUCGCAAAGCCGGCACGCUUGCGGUGGAAAAGGUGGCGGCCAACGGUGAGACUUUCGAGCCCAAGGUUUACGUGGAUGCUUUGCUUGAGAUCCAUGGCAAAUACCAACAGCUUGUCAAUGUGGCCUUUAACGGAGAGUCCGAGUUCGUACGAUCUCUUGACAACGCCUGCCAGGAAUUUGUCAAUCACAACCAUGUUUGCAAGAACAACACCACCAGAUCUCCUGAAUUGCUCGCCAAAUAUGCAGAUCAAUUGUUGAAGAAGGGAGCCAAGGCAGCCGACGAAUCUGAACUCGAGGAACUACUUGUCCAAAUCAUGGUUGUCUUCAAAUACAUUGAAGAUAAGGAUGUUUUCCAGAAGUUCUACUCACGCAUGCUCGCCAAGCGCCUUGUCCAUACAAGUUCAGUAUCCGACGAUGCCGAGACCAGCAUGAUCAGCAAGUUGAAGGAAGCCUGUGGUUAUGAAUACACCAACAAGUUACAACGCAUGUUCCAAGACGUGCAAAUCUCCAAGGAUCUGAAUACCUCGUACAAAGACUGGCAUGAUAAGAUCCUAGAGGACAGUGAUGAGAAACGAACUGUCGACUCUACAUUCCAGAUUCUUGGUACUGGCUUCUGGCCUCUGAACGCACCGAACACGCCAUUUGCUCCACCAGCUGAAGUCAACAAGGCGGUGGAGUCAUUUACACGCUUCUACGAUUCCAAACACAAUGGCCGCAAGUUGACAUGGCUGUGGCAACUGUGCAAGGGUGAGAUUCGAGCCAACUACAUCAAGAGUCAGAAGGUCCCAUACACAUUCCAGGUGUCUACGUAUCAGAUGGCAGUGCUCUUACUGUUCAAUGAUUCUGACAAACUUGAUUUCUCCGACAUCAAAGAAGUCACCAAACUGACUGAUGAGAACCUUGAACCUGCGCUUGGUAUACUCUGCAAGGCUCGUGUCCUACUGCCCAGUCCAGAUGACGGCAAACCUGUUCCGGGGACUAGUUACACGUUGAACUACAACUUCAAGAACAAGAAAGUCAAGAUCAACUUGAACAUCAAUCUCAAAUCCGAACAGAAGACCGAGUCGGACGAAACUCACAAGACGAUCGAGGAAGAUCGAAAACUAUUGCUCCAGGCCGUGAUUGUUCGCAUCAUGAAAGGUCGCAAGAAGCUCAAGCAUGUCCUUCUCGUUGAGGAAGUCAUCAAUCAAGUCAAGAAUCGGUUCCCACCCAAGAUCCCCGACAUCAAGAAGAACAUCGAUGCCCUUAUGGAAAAAGACUACAUUGAGCGUCUUGAUAACGACGAGUUGGCUUACAUUGCCUAA